CACAAUACCUCUUUUCUCUUCAGACCAGAGGCUAGGACCUCACAAGAAAGUAGAAAAGACUCCUUAAACCUGACCAUGCAUCACCUGAACUUCAGGCCACAUACUCUCCACAGAACUCUGCUCAUGACUCUACUCCUGGGACUUACAGGAACAGCUGCAAAAGAGCUGAAGGUGAUUCAGCCUGAGAAAUCAGUUUCUGUCAUCACUGGAGAGUCGACCAUUUUAAACUGCACUGUGACCUCCCUGCUUCCUGUGGGGCCCAUAAAGUGGAUCAGAAAAAUAAGACAGUGUCAGCAGUUAAUAUAUAGUUUCACAGGAGAGCACUUUCCCAGAGUUACAAAUGUUUCAGAUGCUACAAAAAGAAGCAACCUGGACUUUUCCAUCCACAUCAGUAAUGUUACACUUGCAGACUACGGUACUUACUACUGUGUGAAGUUUUGGAGAACAUACUCUGAAGAGGAAGAGUUUCAGUAUGGGGGAGGCACUCAGUUGUAUGUCUGUGAGCAGAAGACAACAGAUACUGCUAAAAUCAUAGUAGCUGCACUCCUUGGACCCAAACUUCUUCUGGUUAUUGUCUUUGUCAUGUACAGGCACAAGAAGCAGAAGGCCUGAA